AUGAACAAACCUUUAGCAAAGAGGAUUUGGUGUUGUAAGACAACGUUUCUUUAACUAGAAAUAACGGGGGCGCCUGCUAUCUCUCGCUCUUCAGUUGGAACGGUCUGAGUAAGCUCUUUGGUGUGUGUGUGGAACCGCAGUGUGGGUGGAGUGUACCUGCUCAGAUCACAGGGUGGAAUUUGGUCGAAGGUGUUCCAAACAGGAGAGAGCUGAUCACCGCUAACUCGCUAAAGACAGCUCACAGCGACGAAGAUUGCAGUCCGAGCUCAGAGGGCAUCGGCGCCUGGUUCAGACAGUCCACAAACGACAGUUUGGAAAUAAAGAACCCAUAGUAUUCAAGAGGGAUUACAUCUUAGCCAGAGUUGCAGAACUGACAGAUCAAUACCACAUUAGCAACCAUCGCUAUGGUGAGGCUAACGUUCGUAACUACAAGCAUUGCUGUAUUUGUGGCUAUUCAGACGUUUGCUUUGAUCGUCAUCUACUCCAGACAAAACGUUCAAUUAUCAGUAUCUAAUAACCAGAAUAACAAGGUUCACAUUCUUAUUCUUUCUUCCUGGAGGUCAGGUUCUUCCUUUGUGGGGCAAGUAUUUAGUCAGCACCCUGAUGUUUUUUACUUAAUGGAGCCUGCCUGGCACGUGUGGGUAAAUCUGUAUCAAAACAGUGCAAAGGUCUUGCAAAUGGCUGUUCGAGACCUUAUACGAUCUACAUUCUUGUGUGAUAUGUCAGUAUUUGAUGCCUACAUGAAUGAAAACAGACUAGUGUCUGAUUUGUUUCAAUGGGAAGUCAGCAGAGCACUCUGCUCACCUCCUACAUGUGACUAUUAUGAAAGAACAGACCUCAGCAAUGAUGAAACUUGCAAGAAACAUUGCAACAUGUCUAAAUUUUUUAAAAUGGAAGAAGCAUGCAAAACAUAUAAUCAUAUUGUGGUCAAAGAAGUGAGAUUCUUUGAGUUAAUAUCACUGUUUCCCCUCCUUUCUGAUCCCUCACUGAACCUCAAAAUCAUCCACCUUGUUAGAGAUCCUAGGGCUGUGAUGAAGUCUCGUGGUAAAUCAUUCCAUGCUCUAAUGAGAGACAAUGGAAUUGUUAUCGGCGCUCAUGGAACACCCAUUGAAAAAGACAAAGCUGAAGCAUCAAACUAUGAAGUCAUGAAAGAAGUUUGCAGAAGUCACAUACGGAUUCAUGAGACAGCAACCAAGCAAGCUCCAGACUUUCUAAAACAACGCUACAUGAUGGUGAGGUAUGAAGAUCUAGUAAGAGAUCCGCUUAAUGAGAUAUCAACAAUGUAUAAAUUUGCUGGUUUAGCUUUAACUCCAAAACUUAGGUCUUGGAUAUAUAACAUCACACAUGGAGAAGGAGCUGGAUCAGCAUUCAAAAUAACAUCUCGGAAUGCUAGAAGCAUAUCACAGGCAUGGAGGACUGAGGUGCCAUUUGAAAAGGUUUUAAAAGUACAGGAUAUCUGUCAGGGAGCCAUGAAUAUUCUCGGAUAUCGAUUAGUUCGGUCUGAACGUGAACAGAAACUAUUAUCUCUGGAGCUUGUCUUACCCCUGAGAGAAUACAAGUUUAGAUGGUUGAGUUCUGCUGAGGACCCAUCUUAAAUCAGGGAUGUCUUUUGGGCAUCAAAGAACUUAUAUUGUGUUUGUCUGCUGUUUUUGAUUUAAGAAAAACUCUAUGAAUCUUGUAUGAAAUGCACAAAGAUUGCUGGAUCCUUACACAAAAACUUUUGAGCUGUCAUUGCAACAUUGUCACUGGCUUCAAAAAUAGGCCAGGUGUUAUUUUAUCUUCUGUGAUAAACAAAAUAGGUCUCCAAAUGUAGUACUACAGUUAGAAGAUAUGCACAUGAAAAGAUGUAAUGAAUGCUAUAUUUAACUGUUAAUUUAGCAGUGGGAUUAUUUCAUUUCUGAGAGGACAAUGCAUCUGUGAUGAAUUCUUUUAAUAUGUUUUGGUUUAAUUUAGUGAAGACAAAAUUAUUAAUUUUAAAAUUGGGUGACUUGGGCCAGGAAGUAAAGUAGAAGGAAGGUCCCAUUGCUGUUUCAUGGAUUGUUUAGAAAAAAAACUAUGUAAAUUGCAUUUCUGGCACAAGCUCACACGUGGAAAUGAGUGGAACAUUCACCAGAAUAUUUAAUGCAUAACAUUAAUGGGCAGAAUGUUGUGAGAAAUGCAUCAGUGGUUUCCCAUUGUGUACAUCCAUCUGGCAAAAGUCACUCAAUUAAUUAUAUAUUUUACUUUAAAGUUUACAUUUAUAGAGGGUUUUACUUUCAAGUAAAGUGUGUCAUUCCAAGCACUACAGGGCAAUGGGCAACAGUUCAGAAAAAAAAAUCUUUAACUUAUUAUUUGAUUAUUCUUUUUGAUGUAAUCACAGUAAAGCACCAAGCUCAAAACAAUAGAUCAUAUUUCUAGCCAAUGGAAGUUGAAUGAAGUCCCAUAUUGGCACAGCACAAUGAAAGUAAAUGUCUCUCUAUUUUUCCCAAAAAUGCGCUUUAAUCUAUUUUCGGAAGAAAAUCUCAUACCGCACCAAUGCCAUUACAGUUUUAUUUCUGUUUUCCGUGCCAGUCAUCCUUGGUGACUAUCCAAAUUGAAUAGCAACAGAAAUCUUGGUAUCGUCCAAGAUUAGCCAUGUACUUGAUGAAUUGCUUCAGAUCUAAUCGGAGCAGGUUCAUGAGACAAUUGAAUAUGUUAAGCUAUUUGAACUCAGUUGAACAGUAACUGCUUACUGGGUUUUCCUUUGAAGUUCACACACCUAUGAACACACCCAGUCACAUACACUUGCUGAAGCAUACCCAUUCACAUAAUGGGCAAAUUGUUGGGUUCUUGAUUUAUGAUUGUAUUGUAGUCACUUGGCACCAGUGUUUCUACAAUAUAUGCACUCAGAAUUCAGAGUGUACCAGUUCCUUUUGGCUUACGAUUCAUUAAUUAUGAGUUAUUAAAAAUUUGGGUAAAAUUA